UUUUUAUCCCUUUAUGUGCCUAUGUUCUACACAAAAACAGUAUUCAGUUGCUGAUAGCGCAAGUCGUUCUGAAAACUCGUCGGGUUUCGGUUUCUUAAAGCGUCAAAUCACGUUUGUUGUGUUUUGUCAAAUUGUGCCGUGUUUAUUAUACCAUUAAUUUUGGCUACAAUGCUCAACGAGGAAGUGGAUGAUACGGAAUUCUUCCAGCAGGAUUUCACAACUGCCUCAGAGUGGGAAAUUUUCAACGCCCGCUUGGAGGAAAUCUUUCACGAAUGGAAACUUUCUUACGGGCUGGCGGAGAACCGAGGCCAUCUGGAGCGUAACCAGCUAUCGCUUUGCGAUUGGACCAUCGCCAAGGAGCAGCUAAAAUUUGCUGAUGUGCAGCUGGACGUCGUUCGUUACAAGGCAAACGUUCCGGAAGGCGAAUUGCGAACCGGAAGCGAUGGGGAAGCAGCCGAAUGUCAAGCGUUUGUUGAUUUGAUGGCGAACGAGAAUGAUUAUUGUAUCGUUGAUCAGAAGGUUGAUGGACAGUUGCACUCGUUAGCUCAGUGGUACGGAUUGAGAGAGUUUGUCGUUGUCGUGCCGGUCAAGGGUUCUAUCACCAACGAAAGCCAGAUAAGAAUUUUGAUGAGUUCGAUUCAUAUUGCUGUUGCGGAGAGUAACUGCGAUGUUCCAGUAUUUGUUCAGGCCUUGGACAAAGUUCAGAAUGUUUUCCUUGGAGUUUGUGAGUCCGGUUCAAUCAGACUUUCGUUUGAUAUUGUUCAUUUGAAUAUUAUCCCGCCGACGUGUAAGUAUUUGUCGGGUCUGCUGGAUGUAUUUAAAGGAAAGGUAGUGGUUCCUUACAUGGAUCCGGUUGCAGUAUCCGUACGCUUUACUUAUUCACUGACGAAAUUUUUGAACUCAUCGUACGUUGUCUCUAAAAUGAUUCCCUUUUCGGAAAAUAACGGUAAUGAGGAAACAGUUGCCGGUUCCAAUAUAUCGCUGCCGUUUGGAGUUGCAAUAGACCCUGUUUCGGAAUUGGUUCUUCAUUGUACGUGGCCUCAUGUGGCGGAUAACGUAGUAAUCGAUUCUCAAACCUAUUCGGAUUUUGAUCCUCUCACGGCACCGAACUGGAGCAUUCGAGCUCGUUUCGAAGAUACUCCGGUUUGCUAUAUGGCGGAAUGUAUCCAGGAAUUUCUGCAGAUAUCGGAUUCCAGACGUGCCAUAACGGAGUACUUUCCGGAACUGGCCUACGGAGUAAGUCAGAACAUUGAAGGUCCCAAAGCUUUGGAGCGUCUAACGGAAUCGAAGAUUCCAACUUUUUCCUCCGUUAUUCCUGGAAUUUCUUCCGCUGGAACCGCAACCGGUAGAAAGAAUGCCAAACUUGAAGGCCCCCUCAACGACGAAUUGCUGAAGGAUAUGCUCUACUAUAUGUUCCCGGAUGCACAGCAGAAUGCAUUGCACGAGUACAACAUUCCGCAACUGGGUCAGAGUGAGUUCGAUCCGUUAAAGAUCAAGUCGGCUCAUCCCGAUUCGCUGGUGCAUCGGCUGACAAUCCUGCUGGCUGUGUGCAAUUCUUACUUUGGUGGAAAACGAGCUGUGGCGCAACUGUGGGCCGAGUUUGCCCAGGAGAUGCGGUAUCGAGUGGAGCGCUGCAUUCAGAUUCCAGGGUGAGUAGCAACUAUGUGUACGGUUCGGUAUUCCUUGAUGCGCUUUAGUUGCUCAGUUUCGGCACGUGCUUAUCGAUUGCGCGAUUGCAUGCAUGGGACCCGACCCGGACUGUAAUGUA